AUGAUCGAUUUUUUCAAUGUAAAUCAUCCAAAUUUCACUUUCGAAGAAUUACAUCGUUUGAGCGUCACUUCACAUGAAAUUCUUUUAUGGUCAUCGUCGAUCGAUCUUGCUGAACGAUAUCAAUAUUAUAUUGAUCAACCGACUAAAUCUAAUCGAUUGAAUAAACAAUUCUUCAAUUGUACAUCACCAUGGUUCGGAUCUUAUUGUCAAUAUUCAUUAGAAUUAGUGUCGAAUUUCUCUGAAGCGACAUUAAAUGUUCAGCGAAAAUCUCACAUGACCGAUGCUAUCACUCAUCAGACAUGCUACAAUCUAUUAGAAUGUGAUCGCGGUGCUCCAUCAAUGUGUCUCGACUGGCGUGAAAUAUGUGAUGGCCGAAUUGAUUGCUUCAAUGAUGGUGUUGAUGAAAGCCAAUGUUUCGAGUUAGAAAUUAAUGAAUGUAAUGAAAACGAAUAUCGAUGUCAUAAUGGAUUAUGCAUUCCGAAAAGGUUUUGGGAUGACGAAUACUUUGAGGCCGAAUGCCUUGAUAAAUCGGAUUUAUUGGAAACACCUGAGUGUCCUGAUACGUAUCUCCAAGUUAAUAUGUUUGCCUGUGCGGAGAAUGCAUGUCGACCCGAUGAAGGUCGGUUUCCAUGCGGCGAUGGACAAUGUGUAGAAGAUUUCGGUAAAUGUCGCAAUGGACGGCAUCUCCUGUUGGCCCAAUCACUCAGUGUUCAAGGAAAUCUAUCAUAUGAUUGUUGGAUAGCUAUGAUUUGUCUCAGUAAAAUCAUCGAUCACGUCAACGAAGUAUCAUGUGAUCAGUUCGUUAACCUUUCUCAAAUUCUUCCUCGACUAGAAACUUGUGAAUAUCUUAUUCAAUUUCCAACUGUUCCUGUGCUCCUAGGUCAUGUACGCUUUUUAUAUCAUCCGAAACAGGAUUGCAAUACCAGUAUCGAAUUAGCUCUCUUACCAGAUUAUGUUUGUUAUGAUGAACAAUUAUGCGAUUAUCUCACGCCUACAUUUCAUCAUGGAAAUUUGACUUGUCGAUAUGGUGAUGAAAUCGGACUUGGACCAGAUAUUAAGGUGAGCGAUUGGAAAUCGAUCAUCGAUUUAGUCAAACCUCAUUUUCAUGGUUGCAUCACUCGACAUUACCACGAUGUUGCCAUUCAAGUUGGUGAUGGAAUUGUCGAUUGUCUCGGAGCAGCCGAUGAACUUGAAUAUUGCCGACAGAAAUAUAGUUAUGAGCACACUUACGGAUUUUAUUGUCGGAAUGACACAAGAUGUAUCGAGCACGACAAACUAUGUGAUGGUGUUGAAGAUUGCCUAUUGGGUGAUGAUGAACAAAUUUGUGAAAAUCGUUCACGACUAUGCGAACAAUCAAACUUCGAUAAUGUUACCUAUGUAGAGUAUGUCUUAUGUCGAAUUGGUUUUAUACACAGGCCUACUUUUUCAUUAAAAACUGUAUCAAUUUAUCCACCAUCAUCAACUAUUCGAAUUGGUACUGUCAAUAAUCAAUGGAAUGAGCGAUACAUAAAUUCUUCAUUUGAUGAUUUCGUAAAACCCGUGAUUUGUAAUUAUGGUCUCCACGUUUAUCAUUGGCUUGGACCUGAAAAUACUAGUGAUAUAUGUUUUUGUCCACCGAAUUAUUAUGGCGAUCGGUGUCAAUAUCAAAAUCAGCGUGUCAGUUUAACUAUCACAAUGGGACUUGUUCAGCAACAAAGAAUCUAUGCGAUUGUUGUUACUUUAAUCGAAGAUGACGACAAUCGACAAGAAAUUCACUCAUAUCAUCAAUUGACACAAGAGUCGAUAUCUAGAUGCGGUCGACCAUUCAAUAUUUAUCUUUUGUAUUCGGUUCGACCGAAGAACAAUUCAAAGAAAUACAACAUCCGCAUCGAUGCAUUCGAUAAGAGUUCAUUGAUCUAUCUAGCGAGUUGGCGUUUAAAAAUUCCAUUUGCGUUUUUGCCGGUCAAUCGAUUGGCUAUUUUUCUGACUCUACCAGCUCAUCGAACAUUGCGUUCUGGUCACUGUCCUCUUCCAUGUUACAAAGGUACUUGUAUGAAAUAUCUUAAUGAAGAGCGAUAUUUUUGUCGAUGCUAUUCCGGUUGGUCUGGCGCACAAUGCCACAUUCAGAUCGAUUGCAGCAGUUGUUCCUCGCAUUCGAUUUGUGUUGGUCCAAUUCAAAAUCGACCCAUCUGUGUUUGUCCUGUCGGCAAGUUUGGUUCACGUUGUCUGCUCAAACAAUUAUGUCCAAUAAAUUUUUGUCAAAAUAAUGGUCAAUGCGUUGUUAUUGAUGAUAGAAUGCUUGAAGAUAGCUUUGUAUGCAUUUGUCCUGAAGCUUUUACCGGCAUCAGAUGUGAAGAAAUCACACCAAAAAUAGUAGUUUUCUUUCAAAAUAUAGACGUCCCGUCGUAUCUAGUCGCCUAUAUCUAUUCUGGCAUUAAUUAUGGACAACCGGUACCGGCAUUUGUCAUACUUCAGAAAGUGAAGAUGUUUCAGUACAUUGUAACGUUUUAUCCUUUUUAUUCAUUUUAUAUGGUUGUUCUUAAGAUCGAUGUUAGUUAUUAUUUGGCUGUUCUUCAACAAAUCGCAUCAGAGAACAUAUCGACAUCAGUCGGUGCUACUCAACGAUGUGUUCCGUUUCAGGAACUGUUCAGCUCUGAAUUACUUGCACUGCCACGGAUUCAUCGAUUAAAAAGUUAUCAUGUUCCAUGUCAAAAUAAUGUUGAUUUACAAUGCUUUAUCGAUGAAUCUUACAUGUGUCUAUGCACUGUAGAACGUCACAGCAACUGUUUUUUAUUCGAUUUUAAUAUGACUAUGGUGUGUCCAGACGAUGUUUAUUGUGAGAACGGUGGAAUAUGUUUGCAAGAUCGACCGCCAUGUCCACGCAGUAUUCUAUGCGUAUGUACCGAUUGUUUCUUUGGUGAUCGUUGUCAAUUUUAUGCCAAAGGUAUUGGAUUGACAUUGGAUGAUAUGUUGCGUUAUGUAAUUCGACCUAAUCUAGCCCUCAAUGAACAAUCGAUCGUCAUUAAAUUGAGUGCAGCUUUCACUAUGAUCAUAUUAGUAGCCGGCUUGUUGAAUAGUCUUCUCUCUUAUUUGGUAUUUCAUCAUAAGAAUUCUCGCCAAGUUGGUUCUGGAAUGUAUCUUCAUCUAUCAGCGGUCGUUUCGGGUCUUGUUGCUAGUCUGUUGACAAUGAAAUUCUGGUUCGUGGUCUUUACACAUAUUGAUCAAUCGACUAAUCGUGGUAUUCUUCAUGGAGGAUGUGUAUUCCUUGAGAUAGUCCUCAAAUUUUUCUUACAUAUGAGCAAUUGGCUCAACGCUUGUGUAGCCAUUGAACGAGUGAUAGCAGUUUUUAAAGGAAUUCAUUUUAAUAAGAAACAGAGCAAAUGUAUUGCACGAUGGACACUUCGGGUUUUACCAUUUUUCAUUUUGGGUACGUUGAGUCACGAGUUCGUCUAUCGUGGUUUGUUCGAUGAUUACGAGGAGCAACGUGUUUGGUGUGUAUUUCGUUAUUCUCAAUCGAUCGAAAAAUAUAGUACAGCCAUUCAACUUUCUCAUUUUAUCGCUCCAUUUUUGAUUAAUCUAUUUUCUGCUCUUUUCAUCAUAUUCAACAUGACUCGUCAGCAAGCGAUAAUUCAAACUUGUCACAGUUAUGAACAGCACCUUCUUGCACAAUUCAAUGAACACAAACAACUUAUUGUCAGUUCCAUUGUGUUAGUCAUUCUGUCAUUACCUCGACUUAUAAUCUCAUUAUUUUCAGGAUGUGUGAAAGUAUCUCGAAAUCCCUGGCUGUAUUUGUCAGGCUAUUUUAUUUCAUUUAUUCCAUCGGCUUUUCUAUUUGUCAUAUUUGUUCUUCCAUCGACGUUAUACAAGAAACAAUUCCGAGAGUCGAUCAACAGUUGGAAACGACUAUUUUUUCGUUAA